AUGAGCACAACAAGCAUGGCCGCUCAAGCCGUUGCCUGGCCAGAUGAAGUCACCGCUCCAUCGCUGGACCAGCCUGUACGAGCAAGAAUACUGGCUGUCGCUCCCGAUGGCGUGGCGAGCCCUUUCGAAGAUCGUGGAACAGCAGUGCCCUGGUUCGAGGUGUGGGACCACAUCGCCAAGCGAGUCAAGUGGGCGGACACGGGUGUGGAAAUGAAGGUAUUCCGCGAAGAAUCGCUGCGCAAGGAUAAAGAUUCUUCGGGCGAACGGGCGCGGUUCAACGACCUCGCGGCACGCUCCGACGUGUUCGUCGGCUCCGCGAUCCAAGACCCUGCCACAGCCGAGUGGAUCGCCUCGGUCAUCGAGAAAGCCGAUAUAACGACGCGCUUUUCGGCGGGCUGCCCGCCGGAGUUGGCUCGGACUUCGCUGGUCGGGAAGUUCCGUCCCGAUCCGCCGGCGCCCGCCUUGGUGCGAAUCCUGCCGGACUUCCUGAGGGAUUUGAUUGGAGGGCCGAACAGCGGCACCAAGAAGGACCGGGUGCUGUGGGACACGCUGAAUAAUUUCUACGAGAGGAAUUCUUCAGAGGACCUGACUUUCUUGUCUCUCGUGCUCGUGGACUCGUACGUGACGACAGUGCCGCGCGUGACCGGCAUUGGGAAGGAUUCCAACCCGGACACUGUCGACUGCAUGAUGGAGAACUGCAAGCAGGAGGUUAUCGACUGUGCCAAGGAUGCCGACUGCCGAGCAUGCAUUUCUUGCCUGACGGCAUGCCCUCCUAAUGACCAAGUCUGCGCCUACCGAUGCAUCACCUCGUACGAGACAAAGACGAUGGAGAUGUUCUCGCUCUGCGUGCUGCAGAAGAACAACUGCAUGUGCAACUCGGCGGAGAUCCCCACCCUCCCCGACCCGCCUGCGCAGGCCACCUUCCGAGGGAAACCCCUGACGCACGAGACUGCACAGGACCUCUUCAUGGGGUGGCUGGGAAAGGAGGCCUACUCUUGGAAAGUGGUCUGUGGGCAAAACCCGGCCUAUGAUUUCUUCCCGAGCCAACACCAGAUCUUCUACCGCGGUCGCGGGGAGGGCCAGAUGUGGUACGACCCGGUGUUUAAGGUGGUGACGAUUAAGGGAGAGGAGGUUUGGCGACGACGGCAUUACCGCGUCAAGCCGGCGGUAACUCCUGGAACGUUCCGAUUCUCGGUGCUAGACAACGGGGUCGUCUCUAACGAGUACUGGCGAAUUAUCGACGUUUCGGACGACCUUUCCUGGGGCGUGUUCUACUACGCCGGUGCUGCUACGGCAGCGGGGCAGUCGUAUACGGGGUCGCUACUGGUGUCACGUGACGGCGAUUGGCCAGAGCAGAAAGAGAUGGAGCGCGUGGAGAAAGCUUUUGACUCCUGCGGGAUAAAGCUGUGGGAGUUGUUCCCGGUGGACAACACAAACGAUGAGGGGGCGCCCCUCGGCCUACCGGACAGCUUUGCUGCCAACAACGAUCGGCCAACCCUAGUGUGAAACGGAUAGAACAUCUCUUUGUGUCGCUUGUCUCGGCUGCCGGCCCUGCCACCGCAUGAGCCAGACGUUUGUCAGCGAAUACAUCGCUGAUAAAUGCCAUAGGCAGGGGUCGGGGCCGCCUUGUGCCGGCCGGUCGACUCGUAGAUCCGUGGACAAGUUGAGGGUUGUCUUGUGCCUUCCUCAUCCUUGUUUGGUGCAUUUGUUUUCACUGCGGGAGGUGUUGGACGAACGGAACAGGAAGUGCUGUUGCGGUAUCAUCGGUAUGUAGAUCGUACGUCAGGUUCGCACUUCCACAAUCGAAAGUAGUGUUGCUGUGGUGUGUCUCCCACGAGCAACGUGUCCACUUCAAGGCCUUAUUCUUGGACAUUGGCUGACGCAUUCUCUUGAGGAUAGACUACGUGUCGUUCGGUUGCCGCUUAUUCUCGCUGAUGAUACUUUUUUCUUCCACAACUUGGUACGCUAUUUUGUUGCGCCGUUUGGUGUGCAGCAUGUAGGUGUGUGUUCGUCGGCUUGGUCUUACCCUGGC